CGCACAUCAGUGCUUUGAAAACACCCCUUUGCAACUUUUGGAGUUUAAAAGCAACAGUUGGACUACCACUGUUCUGGAGAUUCCUUCUAAGACUUUAUUUGGAUUAUAACAGCUUUAUGAUUGUAUUUGAUGGUGAAUAAUUUCCAAGAAACAGCGGAAGUCAAAUUUGAAAGCUGUGACUACCUGGGUCAACAUUUAGGCAUCAACACCAUCUUGCUUUUUGAUCUGUAACAUUAAGAGAAUACAGAGAAAGAGAACUGCACUGAACUGCUGUAACCAUGGCAGAGAACAUGGAGGAUUUCGAGUAUUAUCUGUCGUGCCAAAUCUGCUUCAGCACCGUCGAGGAGCCCGUGUCCCUGGAAUGCAACCACAGCUUUUGUAAGAGGUGUGUGUGUGAAUUUUGGGACCAGGACGAAAAAGGUUUUGCCCAGUCUGUCAGAUGCCAGCUCCCAAAGACACACCGGAGGUCAAUGUGACCCUGAAGAACCUCGCUGACACGUUCGCUGGGAGGAUUCAAGGCGACAGUAAUUCAGAGACAAAUGAGGAAGGUCUCUGUUGUGUACACCCUUUGAAACCGACGAUGAUCUGCAUGACUGACAGAGAGGUGAUAUGUACGGAAUGUGAGAGUGUCAAGGAGCACAUUGAAAAGGUCAUUCGUCUGAAAGACAUGGCAGCAGAUACAAGGCAAUCGAUUUCUCUGAACUUGAUUAAAAUGAAACAACAACUAGAAGACUGUAACGACGUUGAGGACACCUACAUGAUCAUGAGAAAGCAUACAAUGGUCCAGCAUGAUGAGGUUGAGAAAAAGAUCAAGGAAGAGUUUCUGCAGCUUCAUCGGUUCCUGAGAGAGGAAGAGGAGGCCAGGCUGGCUGCAGUGAAGGAGGAGGCCGAGAGGAACCAGAUGACCAUUGAAAGAGAGCUGAAGAUCGUUCGGGGACAGAUACAUGCUCUGACAGAGGCCAUCCAGUGCUCACAAAAGGACUUGAUAAAAGACGAUGUGACAAUUUUCCAGGAUAGCAGUCGGAUAAAGGCAAGAGCCCGUAACACACUGAUGGGCCCGAACGUGGUCUCUGGGGCAGUGAUGGACAUCGCCGGACACCUUGGCAACCUAAAGUUCAAAGUCUGGAAGAAGAUGAUGGAGACGGUGGAAUAUUACCCGGUGAUCCUUGACCCCAACACAGCAGAUGGCUGGCUCAGUGUGUCUGAAGACAUGACCAGUGUGACGGAGAUAAGAAACAAACAAAUAGUGCCGGACAACCCAGAGCGCUUCACAAGAUACAUCUACGUACUGGGCUCGGAGGGCUACGACUCAGGCCAACACUGCUGGGAGGUGGAGGUGGGGGACAGAGACCGCUGGAGUCUGGGUGUAGCCUACAAGUCUAUUGAAAGGAAGGAGGAGACGUUCCUGGAACCAAAGUUUGGAUUUUGGACCCUCUGGAUGACUGAAGACAAUUACACUGUAGGAGCUGUGCCGUGCUUUCCAGACAAUAAACCCAAGAAGGUCCGAAUCGAACUGGACUGUGACAAAGGACAUCUGUCCUUCUACGAUGUCACAGAUGACAUGCCCAUGACCCUUAUUCACACAUUCUUUCAUGCGUUCACUGAGACGCUCUACCCAUUCUUUAGUACAGAGACAGACGACAGUAAGAUAGGCAUCCAGGUUAUCCCAUUCAACCUGUCCUGGGUCGCAACCCCCAGUCAUAAAACUGAAAAUAAAGAAAAAACUGAAAUAAAGACAUAAAAUUGUUUAUUGCAGAGAUGGUUUGUACUGAAUUAAGAAAACUUGAUUAGGCCAGCAUGUUAUUCCCCAACCUGUUCCAAGUUCCUAGGUCACUCUACCUGGCUGUUUGAAUAAAAGCAACAUAUGUGUUAUGUUAUGUUACAUAUAUGAUAUUUGCAUUUAUUAGCGAGAAUGUCAUAUAAUGUGGAGUUGAAUUAAAAUACAUUUUUAUAUAA